CACUUUUUUUUUGCGCGCACACGUGACCAGAGAAGGCGCUUAGUGGCAUUUAAACAUCAGCCACUGCGCUUUCCGCCCCCAAAAUAGACGCACCAAGCCAAACAGAAGCAAACGGCGAAUGUCUCCACGUCGAGGGGACGGUUUUGCCCUUCUAACACCGAACGAGGCUCUCCGCCGUUAUCUUCGAAAUGACGGAUUUGUUGAGUUCCUAUUAUUUUUGCGGCUAAGUGUGGAUAUUUUGUUGUGUUUCUACACGUGGGGUUUUUGCGCAUCCGUGCGUAAAGGAGUUUCCCAUUUAAGGGCGCGGAGAGGAAGCGGCGUGCAGGAUCGAGAGGAAUGUGCACUCACAUAGGAGAGAGGUGAUCCGCGCAGAUCGCCAUUUCUCUCUUGUUUGUCAUAUUUCUGGUGGAGGAGGAGGAGGAGGUGAGAGAGCGUCGGUGAGCAGCCAUGGGCAAAGAGGAGUGUAAAACUAUGCUGGACGCCCUGAAUAAAGUGACGGCGUGCUACAGGCACCUGGUCGUUGCCCUGGGCAGCACUUCGGACUCGCAGAACUUGCGCGAGGAGCUGAAGCGGACCCGCAAGAAGGCGCAGGAGCUGGCCGUGGCCAACCGGACUAAGCUGACCUCCCUGCUCAAAGACAAGAGCAUCAGCAAGGAGGACCGCGCCGAGUAUGAGCGGCUGUGGGUGCUCUUCUCCAGCAGCAUGGAUCUGCUGGAGGUGGACAUGAAGCGCUCCCUGGAGAUAGGCCAGGACUUCCCGCUCAAGGUGCCCACCAGGCACCUGAUCCAGACGGGCAUGACGGGCAGCACAAGCACGGUGGCGGCGCGCGCCAUGAGCGUGCAGAACAUGAAGUACGAGGCGGACAGCAACAUCGACACGGCGGACCUGCGGGACCUGCAGGCCGAGAUCGGCCAGGUCAGCCAGAUGAUGGAGGAGAUGGAGAUGAAGGUGCAGGUGGCGCCGUGGGCCGUGGAAGCCAAGCAGGAGGCGGGCGCCGAGCUCAAGUCCAACAUGAGUGUGGGAAAUUCCUCCGUGGGCGUCAUCUCCAUCUGCGAGGAGGAACCCAAGGACGAGGAGGCGGGAGGCGGUGGGGACGCGAGUUUCGCGUCCAUCUGCGCCGUGGUGGUGUUCUUUGUCAUCGUGACUGUGGCGGUGGUGCUUGGAUAUCUGGUCAUCAACAUGUCCUGAACAGCAGCAGCCCGUCCCUGGAGGGACUGGGGAGGGGAGAGGGGACACACACACACACACACACACACACACAUCCUAAACGCUAACAGUGGCGUGCAAAGGUCUUGGGGCAACUCCGCAUGCACAUUUUAGGGGUGAAUUUUCUGGAAAUUAAAUAAUCACCAGUUGGCUCUUUUGUCCUCAGGCCAAAGCCAUGUCUAAUAUAAAAAAUGCUUUGUCCCCAUCUGGUUGCAUCUAGUAGUUUCAUUUAUUCAGGUUAGAUUCUUGUCUAAUGGGAAAAACAGUUCUUUGCUGCCAUCUUGUGAGAGUUACAGGUCAUUACAAACCUUUCUUGUAUUUGGGGCAGGCAACCUUUCCUCCGGACAGAAAAGCCAGUGCCUCUGUAUUGUGGUGAGCCUCCAAAAAUGGAUUCAUCACCACUGAAAUGUCAAAAUCACUAUCUUAGUUACCCCCCCAAAACAGCAAAAUAAAGAUUUAUGAUGUAACUAUUUCACCAUUAAAUAGACAAUAGGACAACCAAAAGCACCACAGGGUGUGUUUAUUUAUUUUGUAUGAUUAUUUAUUCUGGCAAACAAAACUGGACUUGUAACAGUAAGUAACUUGAAUUGUGAAUGUAUUUGCACUAGAUAAAAAAACAAAACAAAAAAAAGUAGAACUGUAAGUGUUGAGAAUGGCUGUCAGGCACAGAUUGAGGUGAAGUCGGCCUGUUUUUAGGAUCCAGAGGGCUGUGUAUUUGUGGAAAGGAGUGGAAAGAAAAAAAAUAUGAGUAGAGUCAUAGAUAACUAUAUUUCCCCCGUUGGGCAGUUGGGUUUGUGGCACAAUCGCUAGGCACCUCAUGACAGGAUAUCAGAUACACUGUAUGACAUGAACAAACAGUCCAUACAUCAGAUACUGACAGACAUAAAAUGAAGAACGUAUCUCGCACACUACAAUCCACUUUGCACCACUGGUAUGACCAGGCCAGCUGGAUAUCUGAUUGAAGGCCUUUAUGGCUUUGGGCGCAAAAGAGAAUUUGGAUGUGUUCUUGGUGGGCAGAAGCAAUGGCUUGAUGGCAGUAAAUAAGUAAAUGAGAUGCCAGAGGGCGUGAAUAUCACAGACAAUGUUAUUUGCCUUUCUCGACUUUUUAUAAAUGUAUUCAAUGCUCGGAAAAUAUAAGGCAGUGAGUGUCUGGCCAUCAGGAUGCCAACAACGCAUAAUCCAAGUGGAUUAGCGAGAGAGCUCAUGCCUGAAUGUAGCCUGACUACUAAGUAUUCCUCUCGACGCUAAACGAUGCUUUCUGUUUAGAAAUGUUUAAAGCAAAUGCGGCCAUCGGAUAGAGAGAAAAGCAUGAGGGGAAAAGUUAGCACUUCACAGGCUGGAUGUGAUUCAAUCGGCACUAUUUCACACUCUAGUAAGAACAGGUUGCCCACGUUAUCAUAUGAUCCACGAAGCCAGAUUGUGUAUUAAAUCACAAUGCUAUCAAGACAGUUUUUUUGGGGGACCUUUACUCGAUGUCAACAGUCUUUAAAUAAUGCACCAGUUCACUGUUAAGCCUGUGCUCCUAUUCAGGGUUGACUGUAUAUAUUGCUAUGUGGAUGUAAAUAUACAUAUGAAUAGAGGUUUUGUACAAACAGUCAUCUGUCAGAUAAUGUACAUACAAUCCGGUAUAUUUAUUAUAAUAAAAAUAUUACAAAAAG